AUGUCUUCAAAUCACAAUCUACCAAUAGAACAGGGAGAUGUUGUUACACCCAUCUAUAUGAAAGAGUAUAUUUAUGAUGAGAAGAUAGAAGAAAUGGAUGAUGAAUUCCACUGCAUUUUAGAACGUAUCUCAUGUUGUUCUUUAUAUUUGUUUAGCUACCUCAUCUGGAGUGACAGUUUUGUGUCUGCAGACAGAAUUACAGAACUGAAGCCAUUCCAGAGAAUCAACCACUUCCCAGGCAUGGUGGAAGUCACAAGGAAAGACUGCCUGGCUCGCAACAUGAUCAAGAUACAGAGACACCAUGCUGAUGAGUUUAACUUUGUCCCAAAGUCUUGGAUUCUGCCAGCAGACUUCAGUAUGUUACAGAAUUAUGCUAAGGACCUCAAAGCUAAGAAAAAGUACAAAACCUUCAUAGUCAAACCAUCAAAUGGAGCACAGGGGCAUGGAAUUCAGUUAUAUAGAAAUGCAGAAAAGAUCCCACCCUCUGAACAUUUUAUUGUGCAAGAAUACAUAGACAAACCUCUACUGCUGGAAGGCUACAAAUUUGAUCUGCGCAUCUAUGUUCUUGUGACUUCUUGUGAUCCCUUGCGAAUAUUCAUAUUCAAUGAUGGACUUGUUAGGAUGAGUACAGAUAAAUACACCAAUCCCUCCGACGGAAACCUGGGUAACCUCUUCAUGCAUUUGACAAAUUAUUCAGUGAACAAACACAAUGAGUUCUACCAGAAAGGAGACUCAGUGGAGACGGGAAGUAAGCGAUCGAUUCGCUACUUCAAUGAUUAUCUACGUAAAAAUGACUAUGAUAUUGUGUUGCUAUGGCGACGGAUCUAUGACAUGGUGGUUAAGACACUUUUGGUGGCCCACCCCCAUCUCCUCCAUGCCUACCGCAUGUGUCGCCCUGGUGCUCCUGCAGGAAGUGAUAGUGUCUGUUUCGAAGUGCUGGGAUUUGACGUGUUAAUCGACAGGAAGUUAAAUCCAUGGUUGCUGGAGAUCAACCGAUCUCCUAGUUUUGGUACAGAUGAAAAAAUUGACUUUGAUAUAAAGUCAGCUCUUAUAGAAGAUACAAUUCGCCUUUUGAAUAUCAACACUCCUGAUCAAGACAAUGACCAAUUUAAGGAUGGAAACUGUGCCGCCGUUGAGGACUGCGGAUGGUGGUUCAACGACUGUUAUGUGGCUCUCCUUAACGGUCUCUGGGGUCGGCUGGACUGGAUUCAUCCUUGGCAUCCGACAGUGGAGUCCGGGAGAUAUGUCAAGAGGACCACGAUGAUG